CGAUUGCCGAACUUCCACGACCAGUCACCGGCGGCGCGUCUGCGGUCUCUCUGUUGCGGUCAGCGUCAAGGACGGACCCGUCGUCGCCGUAGCGCCUGCUGCUCUCGUGUAUCUGGAUACAAACUGCGUCUCUGGCCGGUCAGCCAAGCUUUCGCUGUCUCCGAGUCCGACUGAGCCGCAAUGUUCUCCGCGAUUAAUCAAGCCCUGAAUGGCCCUCGGCGGAUGCUGUGGACUUUCUCCGCCGUGCUCGCAGUGGCUGGCGGCGUCAUGUACAAAGCCAAGCAAUCUGUCGACGCGCGCCGCAAGGCAGAUCUGGAGGCGUUCCGAGCUGAGCAAGCCGCCAAGAUACGCGAAGAGCGCGCAAGAGCUGCAAAUCCCUAAUGAUAAUGCAUCCCUGCUUUCUUCCACAUCUCCUAUCGCCGCCGCGACUGUUCUGUGAACCAGCAGCUCUUUCUGAGCCAGCAAUCGAGCUCAAGUCAUCGCCACUCAGGCCCUUCCUCCAGCCUCAGUGAAGCAUCGUUGACCAGAUGGCCGCGCGUCGAUG